AUGCCACUCCGAGAGCUGGAAUACCUAUUUAUCGUUGUUGUGGCAGUCGCCAUGAUGCUCACAGUAGCUCGAAAAACCACUUCAAGAUUCAAAACCACGUGUCCAGUCCUGUACCACUGCAGCUGCUACAUCUACCGAAACAAGGCCGUCGUCAAGUGCCCGGGGGGCAGAAAGCAGAGUAUGAACGCAGACCAGUUGACCAGCGAUCUCGCCAGGUUUGCUUCGACCGAAAUGGACGAAGUCACCGUCGACCACUUCCGCUUCACCACCCUGCCGGCCAACUUAGCAAGAAACCUAACGAUGACGUCACUAAUAAUAACCAACGGCCCUCUGGACGCUAUGGAUGACGAGUGCUUCGAGGGAGUCCUCGCGAUGGACAAGCUCAUCGUGGAGCGGACCAAGCUAAAAAUGGUUCCAGGAGCGGUCUUGAGACUCGGGUCCAAGCUAAGGGAGCUAAGGUUGGCAAAUAACAGCAUAGAGAGCGUCGGUGACGUACUUCGUACCCUUGUGAACCUAGAGAAACUCGACCUGGAUAGUAACGCCAUUGAAAGUCUGGACGAGUCACUGUUCAACAAUCUUGGUCUGCUCAAGGAACUGCGGCUCGGGAACAACAAGCUCCAUCGCCUGCCCAUCGAGUCCCUGAAAAUUCCGCCGUUGGAGAUAGUGGAACUGCACAACAAUGCUUUGACGGAGGAAACUGCGAACGCCUUUGGGAGUUUCCACCGCUUGAAGGUAGGAUAA